AUGAGUGAUACAAUUACAUGGCAAGCUCCGCAAUGGCUAAACGAUUCUGAAUUUGUAGAGAAAAUAUUAAAAAACUAUCUUCAAGAUGAUAAAGUGAAAAUAGAAAAUAUCGACUUUAAACCUGCAACAGCAAAUGGUGAAAAUUAUGCUAGUGUUAUGACCCGCAUAAAAAUCUACUUCCAUCAAGGAGAAAGUGAAGAAAAUAUCCAAAAUUUGUCUUUCAUAAUAAAAUGUUGUUAUGGCAGUGAUCCCAUAUUGGAAAAUCUCAUGAAAAAUUACAAUUUAUAUAAAACCGAAAUGACAAUGUAUGAACACGUGUUACCCGAAAUGUCGACACUUCUCCAGGCCGCCGAUAAGGAAGCGGCGAAUGAGCAGUUGUUUGCAAAAACCUUAAAUGUGGACUAUGAAAAGGCGACCAUUAUUUUUGAAGAUUUAUCAGCCAAGAAUUAUGUGAUGGGUAACCGUUUGCAUGGUUUCGAUAAGCUGCAUGCCCAGUUUGUAAUGAGGAAAUUAGCUAAAUUUCAUGCAGCCGCUGCCGUCUUGAAUGAACUUCGGAAUGGCGAACUGCAACAAUUCGAUAGGGGCCUUUUUAAUCAACAUACCCGUGGCUUGGGUUGUAUGUUUGAAUACAUGAUUGAGGAGUGUGCCAAGUAUGCCUUGCGUGAACCCCAGUUGGGCAAAUACUAUCAUGACAAAUUAAUGAAACUGCAUCCCCAUGUCGUGGACUAUGCCACAGAGGCAUAUGCCACAAAUUCUCCAAAUCAUUUUUAUACUCUCUGUCAUGGUGAUUUGUGGAUGAUGAACAUAAUGGUUAAAUAUCAAAUGGAAGAUGGUGGAGUUGACGAUAAGGAGGAGAUUGCGAAUAAGAUUUUGGAAGAUAUUCUAUUUGUGGAUUUUCAAUUUAGUUGUUGGGCUUCACCAGCCAUUGAUUUGCAUUAUUUCUUUAAUACCUCUUUGGAGCCUGAAUUGCAAAUGGAUGAGCGUGGCAUAGCUGAGCUGGUUCAGCUUUAUCACAGUAAUUUAAGUGAAAUGUUGAUGAAAUUAAAAUACAAAGGGCAUAUACCUACACUGCGGGAAUUGCGGUUACAAUUGGAGGAGCGGAAGUUUUUGGCUGUUACUGGCAUCCUUUCGGACCAAGCCAUUGCCACCUCAGAUCAAUGUGAUGAUGCCGAUGUCCACUGUUUGUUGGGUGAUAGCGAGCGGGCCAGAACUUUCCGACAAAACUGCUAUAAAAAUAAACGCCAACAAAAAAUUGUACAACAUUUCCUGCCCUAUUUGGAUCAUUGCGGUCUAUUGGAUAUACAAAAUUAA